GAGAUGUUGAGCAUCACAGCUGACAAUGCUGCAUCAAACAAGACACUAGUUGCAGACCUUGCAGACCUAAACACACAUUUUGCUGGUGAUACGAAUCGCACUCAUUGCUUUUUACAUACCGUAAAUCUUGUGGCAAAAUCACUACUACAAGAAUUCAAU